AUGGCUGUACUGACUGGUUGUUUCGAGUUCACUUCCUUUAACUGGGUUCUGGUACUAUUUCGUCGCUUCGCUGCAACUUCUGUGGCAGGAUUCGCAUUUCCACACGAAGAAUCUGAAAUGAAAUACUUAGUACGUGAUGCUGGGAUAUCGCAUGUUAUAACUAUGUGCCAGGAGGCUCCCAGUUUCCCAUCUGAUUUAAAUGUGAAACAUUAUCACCUGCCAGUAGAAGACCUAUCUGCUGCAAGCUUGCCUAUUAUUCAGAAGGCUAUGGAAAUAAUCAAACAGGCUGAAGCGAAAAAUGAGAAAGUUGGUGUUCACUGUCAACUUGGGAGAGGUCGUGCAGGAACAAUCUUAGCUUGCUAUCUUGCUUAUAAAAAUAAUCUCAGUGGGAGUGAAGCUAUUCGAGAAUUGCGUCGUCUUAGGCCAAAAUCAAUUGAUGAAGAACAAGAAGAAGCCGUGAGAAAAUAUGCCAAAUAUAUUCAACAGUCAACUUUAAUUGACUGA